UUUAACUAAAGAAAGAAAUUCCAAUUCCCCAAUUCAUCACUUUCUUUCUUUUUUUGAAACUAUUUAUUUACGCGGGUUUAUCAAAUCCCCAAUUCUUGGGGAAUAAGUCAAAUCGGAGGAAACUCAAUCCCGCACACACAAAAGUGUGUACUGUGUGCUCCGAUGGCGAUGGCUGGUUUGUACAGGCGUAUUUUGCCUUCUCCUCCGGCAAUUGAUUUUGCUUCUUCCGAAGGCAAGAAACUGUUCACUGAGGCCAUUCACAAUGGAACCAUGGAAGGAUUUUUCAAGCUGAUCUCUUAUUUCCAGACACAAUCUGAGCCUGCUUACUGCGGUUUGGCUAGCCUUUCGAUGGUUUUGAAUGCCCUUGCUAUCGACCCUGGUAGAAAAUGGAAAGGUCCUUGGAGAUGGUUUGAUGAAAAUAUGUUAGAUUGCUGUGAGCCUCUGGAAAAGGUUAAGGAUAAAGGUAUUCCAUUUGGAAAAGUUGUAUGCUUGGCGCACUGUGCUGGAGCUAAUGUUGAAGCUUUUCGCACAAAUCAGAGUACCAUAGAGGAUUUCCGGAAAUAUGUCAUGGCGUGUUCCUCUUCAGAUGACUGCCAUGUGAUCUCAUCAUAUAACAGAGGAACAUUUUACCAGACAGGAACAGGUCAUUUUUCACCUAUUGGUGGAUAUCAUGCCGAAGGGGAUAUGGCACUGAUUCUAGAUGUUGCAAGGUUUAAAUAUCCUCCUCACUGGGUUCCGCUUGGUCUUCUUUGGGAAGCUAUGGAUACUGUUGACGAAUCAACUGGACUACACCGAGGGUUCAUGCUCGUGUCUAGGCGCCAGAGAGCACCAGCCUUGCUUUACACCCUGAGCUGCAAACAUGAGAGUUGGAUCACAACUGCAAAAUAUCUGAUGGACGACGUUCCAACGCUAUUAAGUUCAGACGAUAUGAAGAAUGUCGAGAACGUAUUAUCAGCCGUCUUCACAUCCCUGCCCUCUGAUUUUGCAGAGUUCAUCAAGUGGGUGGCUGAGAUUCGUAGAAAAGAAGACGGUGAUCAAGUUUUAAGCGAAGAAGAGAAAGGAAGGCUUACCAGCAAGGAGGACGUGUUGAAACAAGUGCAAGAAACUGGGCUUUACAAGCACGUGACUGAUAUUUUAUCUUCAGAAAAAUUUGUUUGCCAGGUUAAACAAACAUCGGGUGACCGAGAUAGUUUGUCUAAUAUAGCUGCUAGUGUAUGCUGCCAAGGGGCGGGAAUUUUGACCGGGAAAUCUGGCUUGUCGGAUAGGUUUUGCUGUAGGGAAACAUGCGUGAGAUGUUAUAGAGCUAUGAAUGGGGACAAGCCUGUUACAGUAGUUUCUGGAACAGUGGUCAAUGGUAAUGGAGAGCAAGGAGUUGACAUGUUAGUCCCUGUAUCUCAAACAGAGCUUAGCUGCUGCAUUUCUGGCUCGUGCGGUAUGCACCCGGCUAGCAAUGACAUAUUGACCGCACUUUUACUGGCAUUGCCCUCACAGACAUGGUCCGGUAUUAAAGACGAAAAGGUUUUGGAGGCAAUUUCUGGCUUAGUUUCGACAGAUGCACUUCCUCCAUUACUUCAGGAAGAGAUUUUGCAUUUGCGAGGCCAACUACUUAUGCUCAAGAGAUGCAAAGAUAACAAGGUUUCACAUGAAGUCAUUUCCUUAGGCAAGACUUUUCCGAACAAUGAAGGAAUGUUCUUCCAGCGAUUGAGUUCCUAUUCAAAACAGAAUUCGAAAAAUUCUCGUGUAAUAACUUCUUGUUCUAUCAACGUACUGUCAUUGCCUCACCGUGGAGUCUUCUCUCCGGGAAUCAUCGGACCUUGUAAGGAAAACAAUUCUAGGAUUGCAUAUCCGAAAAGCAGUUCUAUGAUUGCAUGUCCGAGAAGUGCAUUAUAUAACAAGCAGAGUAUGUGCUUAAGGAUACCACGCUGUUCGAAAUUAAUAAUUUAAUUUCGACUUCUUGAGUCGAGGGGUGGGGGGUGUGGUGGGGUGUUAGUAUAUACAAUACACAUACAUGAUUCUUGGUCCUCAAAUAUGUUGUUUAUAUUGAUUAGUUGAGUACAUCAUUGCGAGUGGAAACUUUUGCCCCUUUUUUAUGGUAAUCAAUAAGACUUUAAACUUGCGAAAAUUGUAUUUAUUUACAUCUUCUAGAUGCUAGCUAUACUUGAUGACCCAUUGUUGGGUAGUUUUCUACAUUUCGUUUACACACAAACACACACACACACAUGUACAUAAAUGCAUGUGUGGAGAAAAAUAUGAUGGAUUCAUACACAUGAUAUAAUUCACUGAAGUUCACCGAGUAUAAAAACCAUAAAUUGCCCAUGGGGAUAGAAGGCGAACUCGAACGAAACCAAAAUGCUGUACGACUCUAAACCAACAAUUUAAUGAAGUAUUCUCCAUGAAUGAAUGGAGGCUGAUUGAAACAAAAGUUGAGAUUGUUUUCUUUAUAUGAAAUCAAGAACAAUUUAAAUUUUCUCCAUGUAACAAUGGAGAUUAUCAGCUUCUUUCUGCUGAAACUCUCUAACUUUGCGUCUCAACUGACGAUAAACAAAUGAGACUUUAUCCCAAAAAAUAAAAUCAAGGG